AUGUCUGACACUGUAGAUCACGAGAACUCACUACUCGAGUCAACAACGAAGCUUGUGAUAGAUAAUGACGAAGCUGGAUCCAAUGGCAACAGCCAUUCACAGAUUCAUCCACACCAAAGUACGCGUAUCUCUACGUCGUUGCCAUCGUCGUCUGAAUCAGCAAGACCACAACCGCAACUGCAGUCAUCUUCAGAAGAAAGUACGUGUGUUGGCAACAGCACUGUUGUCUCAUCAAUCAAUACUGAACCACGCCAGUUGAAAUUGCAGAACCUGUCAGGCGAAGGCGAAACCACCAUUCGUCAAACACUAGAUACGCAAGCAAUAGACACCACUGUUCCAAUUCUUUCACCAAGCAUAGGGGACAAAGAAAAUACCACAAAGCUGUUUGCAGAGUCACUCAGCACGUCGCCAACCUCACCCUCGGCUUACACAGCCCCCCGUGAAUCAUUUAAGUCACACUCCGCCACAUCUUCAACGUCAACACUUAGUCCAGAAGACCAGGAACGUAUAUCCACAAAAGAAAAGAAUCUUGAUGAAAUCAAGCAGCAAUGCUCAUGUUUAAUUCACGAAUUGGAAGGGAAUGACCAACCUGAGGUGAUUGUCAAGAGACAUAUCCAACAAUUGAAAAAAUACAACGAGUUGAAAGACGUUGCAUUGCAGUUGGUAACAUUGAUUGCCGACCAAAGGCAAGUAAAGACAACUGAUAUACUCAAUGAAAUGAAACUUGAGGUUGGUGAAGAUGGCAAUGAGGUUUAG